AGAGAGCAGCAACUCAACUCACCCUCAUAGCUGCGGGGAGACUUAGUCUGUCAGCUUCUCCGCUUCAAAGACUCCUCUCACUGCUCCCAGUCGCCAUGUCUUUCAUCAAGUCAUGAAGAAAAAGAAGUUUAAAUUCAAAAUAGACUUCGACUUGGAGGAGCUGUCGUCGGUUCCUUUCGUAAACGGAGUUUUAUUUUGUAAAGUGAGACUCUUGGACGGAGGCUUUGCACAGGAGUCGUCUCGGGAGCCUGUCCAAGCCAACUGUGUGCACUGGAAGAAAAGGUUUUCUUUCAUUUGUAAGAUGAGUGCCAACGCAGGGACGGGGGUGCUGGACCCCUGCAUGUCCCGAGUGUCAGUACGAAAGGAACUCAAAGGGGGAAAGUCUUUUGCAAAGCUUGGAUUUGCCGACUUGAACUUAUCAGAGUUUGCUGGGUCUGGCAGCACUGUGCGACGGUGUCUGCUAGAGGGAUAUGACACCAAGAACACCAGACAAGACAACUCCAUUCUAAAGGUUGUUAUUCACACGCAACUAAUGUCUGGAGACCCCUGCUUCAAAACUCCGCCAUCUACAGCCAUGACUCUAGGAAUCCCACCAGCAGAGGCAGAGGGUCUGCUUGAGGAUAGAAAAGGAGGAGACUUUCGUACAUCACAUUCAGGCGCUGGAACCCCAGUAAAGUCGAGAUCAGUCCCAGAGGAGAUGAUUGCAUUGAGCCACUCCAGAACAUCCAGCUAUGCAAGUCAGCUCUCAAAAAUGUCAGGCUAUUGUUCAAGCUAUUCAAGCUCCACAGAUCUGAGCCACAGGCGGAAUAGUUCAGGAGGUUCUGCCUCCACAGGCAUCGGUAGCAUUGAGCCUGGUGAUCAGCAGGGGGAGAGAGGAGAGAAAGAAAACAGGACCACUCCCACGUCCACAGGCUCUCCUGCCUGUUAUUUUGCAUCUGAAAAACUCUCCCCGCCAAAUAGAGCUUACAGACCUCCAGUAAAACAGAACUCAGUGGAGAAUCAACUAAAGCGAGUCGAUGCCACGCGGGUGGACGCUGAUGAUAUAAUAGAGAAAAUCCUGCAGGGCCAGGAUUUCAGCCAUGGCUUCUUGGAUUCCAGUGCAGAGGAGGAGGGGCUCAGCUUGUUUGUUGGACCCGGUGGGAGCACAGCUUUGGGAAGCCAACACAUGAGGGUCGUAACCGGAGCCUUCGAACAGGUGGUCAUCAAGCGGUAGGCUUUAGUAGGCAUGUGUCUUAAACAAGAGGGACUACUUCUCCGGGAAAAGCAGCAGGGCUGAGCAAAGGAGGUGCCAACUGAACUUACUCCUAUCUGACUUCAGGAGAUUUUAUUUCUGUUAUGCAACAUUUCCCCACAUGACCUAUGCAGCAUCUGUUGGCCAUGAAAGCCCCCUGGUGUUCAAAAUGUGGAGCUGAAGGACAUUAGUGAAACUUUUUGUGCACUGAUCACUUUCUUUCAUCUUCAGACUGUCAGCAUUUACCUCAUGAAACUUGGAACUCAAAUGUCUCUCAAAUGUAUGUCUGCCCAUUCAGUGACUUUUGUUUCAUUUUAAAUGAAAUGUCGCUCCAUCUGCACUGAGAUACCCAUAUGUAGCAUUAAGUGUUAUAUUUAGUAUUUUAAUUAAAAAAAAAAGAUAAGAGAGCUUUAAAAAUUAUAACUGUCAGAGCUUUAUGCUGGAGUAACGUGCCAUUUAAUGUGUAAUGUUUAAAUGUUUAGAUUUUUGUCUUUAGUGGGAAUUAGAAAGUGACAUUAAGUUUUUUGGGGUUUUUUCAUGAUCAAAACUGACAGUAAGAUGCUUAUUCACCUUUGUUGCAAGAUAGCUAUUUUUAAGUAGCUCAGCUUAGUAAAACUGAACACCUCUCACCUGGUUGUGAAGGAGGAUGACAGCAGUUAAAAAUAACCGAAAGGUUUGUUCGUUCAUUUUGUUCUGUUGCAGAAGUAUAUCUGUUUAGUGUCUAAAGUUAUGUAUAACAGUAUGUUUGUAUAGUUAAAGUAUUGAAAUGCGAUGUUUUAAAUGUGUCAGAGCUGAAUGUAAAGGUUGUAAAAAAAGAAAA